AUCCACUGGAUGAAGAAAUUGAGAACCCUGUGCGGAUACUGCUCUUUGUUGAUACGCUGACUAGCCCAUUUAAGAGAGAGUUUCAAGGCGUGUUGAUGCUGGCCUUGUUCUGUUACGCACACAAUAAGAUCUCGGACGUGCAAAUUGAGAUAGAAAAUUGGCUUACUCACUUGCAUCUUCUGUAUACUAGAGAUUACUUAGAAAAUGUAAAAUCAGACCCCGAGAAAUACAUAACGCUUGGAAUAUCACUCACAAUAAUUUACUCAAUUUUAUGCGUCCUUUAUAUCUACGGAGCGUAUACGUGCAAAAACUACUUAAUGAUUGGGUUCAUACUGGCGGAGCUAAUGCGGCUGCUAGUAGUAACGAUGGCUGUAGCAACAUGGCUGUUAGUACUCAAGCAGAACACAAUGGACAUAGGGCUACUAAUCGGAGCUAGUGUGGCCGGGGGGUUCUUUUUAUUGGGCAUGUUCUACCUCUGGGUGUGUGCCGCCAACUUGCCAGUGCUGAUAAACGAGAUGGAGCAAGACGAAAAAAUUGCUACUAUUGAAAAACUUCAGCAAAUGUUAGAGAGCAAACAGCGACCGUACAAUAGAGCUCCUAACCAAAUCCGGUACAUGGACAACGCUGAUACGGCAAUAUUUACACUACCUAGAAACAAAAAGCAUGUAGUAGAACAACCUUUUGUAACAGGAUCGAGAAUACCAGUGUCAUUUAAUCGUUAGUGUGCUAACUUAUUAUAGUUUUUUUUAUUAUUAUAUUAUGCCGGAUUUACAUUU